AUGUAUCAAGUCAACCUAAAUCUCGAUAACCUUCCCGCCAUUCGAUACAUGGAAAAAGAUGGAUUCUUUCUUAGAUGGAACGGUUUUCCGGUUGGCGCUAAAGUUCAAGAUUCUUACUACGCAUUUAAUCAUUUAAAGUUUACAAUAUUUGUUCAUAGAUAUGAACACAAUAAUGUUGCCGGUGUGAUCGGUACCACUGAUGGGGAUGAACUGAUCACACCGGCAAACGAAACCACCACCAGCGAAGGUUACGUGGUGGUAGGUUUCGAAGUUGUCCCAUGCAGUGUGAACCAUAAUGAAAAAUUACUAAAUAACGUUAAACCUUAUAGUAAAUACCCGUCACGGAUAAAAUGUGAUCCGCUUUCCGUGGGAAUGAGUGUGAAGGAGGGUAAACCCGUAAUUUACACGUAUGAUGUUUCGUUUGUGAUGAGUGAUAUAAAGUGGGUUUCAAGAUGGGAUACUUAUUUAAAAAUGGAAGGUGCAAAAGUUCAUUGGUUUUCGAUUUUGAACUCGUUAAUGGUGAUAACAUUUCUUGCGGGUAUUGUUCUUGUAAUUUUUUUGAGGACAAUUCGUAGAGAUUUAGCACGUUAUGAGGAGUUAGAUAAAGAAGCUCAGACUCAUAUGAACGAGGAGUUGUCGGGGUGGAAACUUGUUGUUUCUGAUGUUUUUCGGUCCCCGAACAACCCUGAGCUUCUCUGUAUUAUGGUGGCGGAUGGGUGUCGGAUUCUCGCAAUGGCGAUUGCUUUGAUCUUUUUUGCGGCUCUUGGGUUUAUGUCUCCGGCUUCACGUGGAACCCUAAUCAACGGAAUGCUCUUGUUCUACGUGUUAUUAGGCUUUUUAGCCGGUUACAUAGCGGUUUGGCUAUGGCGAACACUCUCGAUUGGUGAACGCCAAGGAUGGUUUUCCAUUUCAUUGCGUGUCGCAUGUUAUUUUCCUGGUCUCUCAUUUCUAAUCCUAACCCUAAUUAACUCACUCUUGUGGGGAAGUGAUAGCACCGGUGCAAUCCCAUUCACAACUUUUCUUGUUCUAAUCUUACUUUGGUUCGGGAUCUCAGUUCCCUUAACUUUAAUUGGUGGGUUCGUGGCAACAAAGGCUCCAUACCUGGAGUACCCUGUUCGAACCAAUCAGAUCCCACGGGAGGUCCCGGCCCAGAGGUUCCCAUCUUGGAUUUUGAUACUUGGGGCCGGGACACUACCUUUUGGGACCCUUUUUAUCGAGCUUUUUUUCAUCAUGUCUAGCAUUUGGCUUGGGAGGGUUUAUUAUGUUUUUGGAUUUCUUUUUGUGGUUUUGAUAUUAUUAGUGAUGGUUUGUGCGGAGGUGUCGCUGGUGGUUACUUAUAUGCAUCUUUGUGUGGAGGAUUGGAGGUGGUGGUGGAAGUCGUUUUUUGCAUCGGGAACGGUGGCGUUUUAUAUAUUUUUGUAUUCGAUUAAUUACCUUGUGUUUGAUUUGAAGAGUUUGAGUGGGCCUGUGUCGGCGAUGCUUUAUUUGGGAUAUUCUUUGUUUAUGGUGAUUGCAGUGAUGCUUGCGACAGGUUUAUGUGAGUAA